AUGUCCAGACAGUUCCGCGGUGAUGAUCAUGAGCCUACCUGGGAGGAGGUUAAGGGUCUCCUAGCCGACCCCGAGGCCCCUGUGGAACAGAGGUAUCGCGCCCUCUUCUAUGCCCGCAGCCGGGACGAUUCUGAGGCGAUUGAGGCUCUUUAUAAGGUUUUGGAGCCCGAGACCAAAUCGGUCCUCCUCCGACAUGAAGCAUGCUAUUGCAUCGGCCAGAUGGAGCAUGGAUUGGAAGGCGCAUGGAAGCUCGAGAGCGUCAUGGACGACGUUAACGAGCACCCCAUGGUGCGGCAUGAAGCCAUUGAAGGCCUCGCUGCGUGUGGCUCCGUGGACUCCCUUGAGAAGAUCCGUCCCUAUCUGACCCAUGAGAACGAGGCUAUCCGGGACACCGCUACCUUAGCCGUCGAAUCCCUUGAGAACCUCAAGCAGACCAAGGACACCGAUGCCCAGCGUAGCGAGUUCAACACUGUCGACCCCAUCGGAGCCAAAGCCCGUCAGCAUGCCACCAAGACUGAGGAGGCCGCCCAGCGUCUCAUGGACCCCAAGGCCAAGCUCUCUGACCGGUAUGCUGCCAUGUACCAGCUACGUGCCGCUACCUUGCCUGGCUCAGUGUCCCCCGACCCUGAAGCGCUCAAGGCCCUAGCUCGAGUACUUAGGGAAGACCACACCUCAGCUUUGAUGAGGCAUGAGCUUGCCUUCGUUGUGGCCCAGGUCGCUUUCGAUGCCGAUAGAGAGAUGACCCUCUCGAGCGUCCAAGCCCUUAUCGAUUCUGUGAAGGAUACCGACGAGGCCUGCAUGGUUCGCCAUGAGUCCGCUGUGGCUCUCGGCUCCGUCGGUGGUGAGGAAGCCACCAAGUUCCUAAGGGAAUACGUCCAAAGGCCCGUGAACCAUGACGAGGAUGAAUCUGUGGUUAUCGAGAGCUGCAAGGUAGCAUUGGAUGCCAUCAACUUCUGGUCGGACAUGACGACUAUCGAGGAGCAGCCAACGGAAGGCUCAGCCAUCACUGCUUAAACUCCUGUGGCUCUAACGUUUAAUAAAUCUCUAAUAACAUUACCUCGGGGCUGAUCUCCGAGUUUGGUAAUAAGGAGGCAGUUUGCUUACUCUACGAGUUUCUUAUAAAGUACUGUCGUAUCUUUUCACUGCGUG